AUGGCCUUGGGCUGGCCCUGGAGGUUUGAGAGUGGGGAGAGCCAAGGGCUUGCUGCGGCCGUUCGACCCCGCGCACCCCGAUCACUUCCGGGUGGUAAGGCAGGGCCGCGGGCGGCGAUUGGACGGUCGAGGAGGGGACACUUCCGGUGUCCGGGCGCUGGGCGCUUUGGCAGGCGGGUGACCAUGGCCCGGGCUGGGGCGCUCUCCUGGCUGCUGCUGCUGCUGCUCGGCUCGGCCUUGGCCAGCGGUCCCCGUACUCUGGUGUUGCUGGACAACCUCAACCUGCGGGAGACGCACUCGCUUUUCUUCCGGAGCCUUAAGGAUCGGGGCUUUGAACUCACCUUCAAGAGCGCCGACGACCCCAGCCUGUCCCUCAUCAAGUAUGGCGAGUUUCUCUUCGACAACCUCAUCAUCUUCUCCCCGUCGGUGGAAGAUUUUGGCGGCAACAUCAACGUGGAGACCAUCAGCGCCUUCAUUGACGGUGGGGGCAGCGUCCUGGUAGCCGCCAGCUCAGACAUUGGUGACCCUCUCCGAGAGCUGGGCAGUGAGUGCGGGAUUGAGUUUGAUGAGGAGAAAACGGCUGUCAUUGACCAUCACAACUAUGAUGUCUCGGACCCUGGACAGCACACGCUCAUCGUGGCGGACACCGAGAACCUGCUCAAAGCCCCAACCAUUGUUGGGAAGUCGUCUCUGAAUCCCAUCCUCUUUCGGGGAGUUGGGAUGGUGGCCGAUCCUGACAAUCCUUUGGUGUUGGACAUCCUGACGGGCUCGUCUACUUCGUACUCCUUCUUCCCGGAUAAGCCUAUCACCCAGUACCCGCACGCCGUGGGCAAGAACACCCUCCUGAUCGCUGGCCUCCAGGCCAGGAACAAUGCCCGCGUCAUCUUCAGUGGCUCCUUGGACUUCUUCAGCGACGCCUUCUUCAACUCAGCCGUGCAGAAGGCCACACCGGGUGCCCAGAGGUACCCACAGACAGGCAACUAUGAGCUGGCCGUGGCCCUAUCGCGCUGGGUGUUCAAGGAGGAGGGAGUGCUCCGUGUGGGGCCUGUGUCCCAUCACCGGGUGGGCGAGACUUCGCCCCCCAAUGCCUACACUGUCACUGACCUGGUGGAGUACAGCAUCGUGAUUGAGCAGCUCUCCAACGGCAGGUGGGUUCCCUUUGAUGGCGACGACAUCCAGCUGGAAUUUGUCCGCAUCGAUCCUUUUGUGAGGACCUUCCUGAAGAGGAAAGGUGGCAAAUACAGCGUCCAGUUCAAGUUGCCCGACGUCUAUGGCGUGUUCCAAUUUAAGGUGGAUUACAACCGGCUCGGCUACACACACCUGUACUCUUCCACGCAGGUGUCGGUGAGGCCGCUGCAGCACACGCAGUAUGAGCGCUUCAUCCCCUCGGCCUAUCCCUACUAUGCCAGCGCAUUCUCCAUGAUGCUGGGCCUCUUCAUCUUUAGCAUCGUCUUCUUGCACAUGAAGGAGAAGGAAAAAUCGGACUGACAGGCUGCGGCCUGGGACCAGGGUCGGGUUUUAUUAUUUUUUUUUAAGCCAUGGGCAAGUGGCACAGCCUUACCUCAGUGGGAGAUGGGCCAUGGGGACUGGGGGUGGGAACAGGGAAUCUUUUGUCAAGUUUUACUCCUUCAAUUACUAAGUGGCAUCUUGACGGUGUGUGGUCAUUCAUUUCUAAAAUAAAAAAUUUGUCCUCA